AAGAAGAAGAUGACAUAUUUAAGUCAAUUUAUAGGUUAUGUUUUCCUAAUGUUUAUGUUGAACGCUUUCAAACAUGUUUAGUUUAAAAUAGUGGUUGAAAAAGAGAAUACAAUCAUUUAAAUUACUGAAAUCAUCCGAAUCGACAGCAAAAUGGCCGGAGAAGUGACAGUAGAUGCUCUGCCGUACAUCGACCAAGGUUACGACGAACCGGGAGUCCGGGAAGCGGCGUUGGCUAUGGUGGAAGAAGAGUGCAGAAGGUACAGACCGACGAAGAACUACCUGGAGCACCUGCCGCCUCUGAACGUCUCCGCGUUCGAGACGCCCGCCAUGCACGAGGAGUUCGAGCGACUGCAGCACCGCCUGCCCAUGGAGACGCUGUCCAUGAAGCGGUACGAGCUGCCGCCGCCGCCCGGCGGCAAGCUGAACGAGCUCGGCGCGUGGACCGAGUGCGUGGAGAAUUCGCAGGCGCAGCUCGAGCACCAGGCGGUAAGGAUUCUAAAUUUGCAACUCAUGUUGGAGUACUGCUGUCCCGCUUGGCAACGGUACUUGCGCACGUUGGGGGAUUUGGAGAAAAUUGCCUCGAAAAAGCUGGCCGAGCUGAGGCGGGAAUUGCAGGAGGUGAACUGGCGAAGGAAGUCGCUGCAGACCAAAGGGGGCGAGCAAUUGAGGAGCUUAGAAACCAAAUGGGUGGCGUUGGUUUCUCGUAAUUACGAAAUCGAGCAGGCUUGUUGCAUGGCCGAGGAUUACAUAACGCGGGUCAAAAUGAAUCCGAGUAUUUUAGAAUAUCGAUGAAAGCUACUGACGAAAUUAAGAUAUAAUUUAUUAUUAAAUACGAUAUUAAUGCAUUAAAUACUAUUUGUUUUUGUAGUUUAUCACAAUAAUACGAUUUUUUAAGACAUUUAGUUCGAAAUUAUCAUUGGAUAUGAAAAUCGAAUGAGUUUUGGAAAUUGAUGAUCUGCAAAAUAUUUGGAGAAAAACUAUGUAUUUGAACGCUUAAAAUGAAUAAAAAAAUCCGAUUCUCCCAUAAAACAACGUAUAUUUAAAAAUUAGUACAAAAUAUAAAGUUAAUAUAAUUUACGUAAAAGUAAUUUGCUAAAACAAAUGUAGUCCAAAAGUUUAUAGGUAAAAGUCAAGUAAUAAAAAAGGGUGGACUUGAACUGUUUUAAAGCUUCAAAAUUACUAUUUAAAUAAAGUUAUUCAGACAUUGAUUAGAACUGUUUCGAACUACCCUGAACUUUGUACUACUCCGAGCACUCCCACUUUCACCCGCUCUCUAUUUUGAACAGUUUAAUUUUUACUCGGAUUUUUUUGUCAGAGCCUUGACGAAUUCCCUUCCUAAAGCGCAGCCCAAGGGCGGCGGCACGGCGUUCCCGACUUGUCUAUAUUUGUCCAUAAUACUACCGCAGAAUUUGAAUUUGUCCGGGAAUCCCUGCGACCUGGCGCAUUCUCUCACGCCUACUACUCGGUGCUGCUCCGGAUGGA